AUGGUGAAGGAUGGAGGACUUGAUGCUUGUGAAUGGUGUGCAGCCACAAACUGGCGUAUCGAGUCCAAGGGGGACCACGCCUGUUUUAGAUGCAAGAACAAGGAUUGUCGGGCAUCUAAGUCGGGUUUGAGCGAAGACCAGGACAUCUUCGGCAAAAAGAUCGCCCUUCGUUCCUUGGUUGGUGCUCUCUGGCUGUUUCUUGCACCCAUUCAGAUGAGUCCAGAUCAGACUGGAUUGAUCUUGGGUUUGGAUCAUCGGACAGUGCGGGGUCUCUUCAACAACUUCCGCUCUUGGUUGAGUCCAAUAGUUGACCGGCUGAACGAGGACUUGGUGAUUGGUGCGUUGGGUGCAGAUGUGGAGCUCGAUGAGAUUAGCUUCAGAUCGAAGGCGCUUGACGACAAGAUCCUGUGGAAUCGUUAUGCCGCAGCCGUCAAGCGUGGAAGUGCUAAAGUCUUCAUAGAGAAGUUGCCGAACCGCUUGACUGCUGCUGGGCAGGGGGGAGGGGGACCUCUGUCCAUUGAUGAGCUUAAGAAGCUUGUAGUCACAUCCAAGGGAAGCAGUCGCUUGGCACAAGGACCCACUCCUGAAACAGCGCAAACUUUCGAACAGCAGCUUCACGAAAGGAUGCGGGUAUUUCAGUUUUUGUUUUGGUUUUCCUAUGCAGACUGUUUCCAAGUUUUCGCAGCACUUCGCCAGGCUGAGCGAACAGCUGUCGGAAGUGCUUCUUGGGAAACUCUAAAGCCAUUUUUGGGUGAUGGAAAGCCGCCAACUGCCGAAAACCCGCAACUUGUUGAAGGGCAAGUUGCAGGGGCAGCAGCUCCAAAUGUCCAAGACAUUCCGGCUGGUGGCGCUGAUGUGCCCCCCGAUGAUGAGAAUCCUUUUGCCGAUCUCGAGAGUGAGCCCGAAGUUUGCGAAGUUUCGGAUGCCGACCCGUAUGAAGGCAUUCCAAUUCGGUUGCUCAGCUGA